GGGGCUGCAGGUUUGAGUCUGGACAGGAUCAUGUCCUGAUCCCAUCACCGCUUUCUUCCAAAGGACUUACAGUUGACUGCAAAGAAAUACUACUGCAAGUACCUUUGUAUGGUUUUACUGUGAGGUUUUUCAGCUUUUAUUAGCUUAAUUAUAAUCAUUUUAUAUAAAAAUGUAUAUUAUAAAAAUAUUAAUAGUUUUAUAUUUUAGAUUCCAUUUCUGAUCUGAAAGUGUUUGCCUAAAUCAUUUUAAUAGACAACUACAGUAUACAAUUGUGUCAACAUAGUUUUUGUUACAAAACAAAAAGUUUUUUGUAUCAUUUUUAAAUUUGUUUAUUUUUCUUUAAACGAGCCUAUCAAAUUUAGCGGAAUCUAGUGGUGAGGUUGUGAAUUGCAACCAACGGCGCACUCACCUUUCAUAGCACUACGGUGGCUGACACAGAACUAAGAUGUCGUCACGUUUUCGCUUCUUUGCCGAAGGUAAUAACGUACUGUACAAAACAUGCUCUCUUGAGCAGUUUGUCCGUUUAGGGCUACUGUAGAAACAACAUGGCGAAUUCCAUGUGGGGGACCCAAGGUGUAAGUAGAUAGAAAUAGCUCAUUCUAAGAAUAAAAACAUAACGCUUCAUUAUAAGCUCUUUAUACACCUCUGAACACAUAGUUUUGUAUACUAUAUUGCAUUUCUGUCGAUAGAUCCUCCAAACAAAUUACACACAGCACCUUUAAAUGUUUUGACUAGUAAUAAAAAAACAGUCAAUGUGAUCCCAGCACGGGAACUUAAAUACAGUUUAAAAAUCAUCCCUUAGUGAAAUCUCAAGAAACCGGUAGAUAAAUUGGCAAUGAUGAUAACGUUUAUUCAGCAUUGAGUUAUAACACAAUUCCCAUAGUUGCAUUUUUAUAUAUUUGCUUUUAUUCCAAAAUGAGGAAACAUAUUAAUGUGUAAGUGAACCUAAACAUUUGAGCAGUAGUGUAUAUUUUAUACUAUAUCAAUCUUAAUUUUCUCCCCGUCAAUCAUCUUGAGCAAACAGAUAGUUAUGCUCUGUCUGUGUGGUGUUCUGCAGUUUGAUGUGCUACAGUAAAACCCAUUUAAAGCAACAUGAUUACUAUUUUUAAAUUAUUACAUAUGCAUUUUAUGGCCUUAUAUUAAUAAAAACAAGAUGACCAUUUCAAUAAACUAAAGGCAAUUUUAACCAAAAAACAUUGAGGAAACUGUCUAUAGAUAUUUAUGGACUAAAGUACAGUACAUAAUUAUUUCCUGACAUUUAGACGUUUAAAUGCUGUUGCAUUUAGAAGCACUAGAGGGCAAUGACUUCAUCCCUCAUGUUCCUUUCCUGAAGAGUCUGAGGGGACAUGGAGAUGUAAGAGAUGUACAAAGUCUUCAGGUCCAAACUAACCCAUGGAAUGAACGAAUGUCAUACUAUCAAGACACAUGAGAUUUCACAUGGUAUCUAACUACACGGUUACAUUACAUUAUAACUACCAGAAAAAAAUCUUCAUGGUGAAACAUUGAAAACUAACGUACUGUAUGACUAUUGAAUUGGUCCUCAUUAUUUGAAAUAAACACAUAUCUUCAAAUGUAAUAAUAAUAUAAACAGGUUUGGCUUUAGGGGUAGCAUAUUGUAAAUAUCUUGGUUUAAAAAAUCUUGUGUCUGAUGAUUGUCACUUAUAGCUUUGUUUGUCUGUGUGUUUUAUAUAGAAAAGAGGAACAAGAGAUGCAUGUUUUUCCUAUUGUGGUUAAAUGGAGAUGAGUUCAAAACCAAACAAACAACAUAGUUGCAGGAAGAAUGACAAAAUAAGCAAAGAAAGCUUAAAAGCACGGUCAGUACCGUGUAACAUCCAAAACCAAAUUGAGAUUUACGAGUACACAAAUGUAAAACUGCUAGAGUAAAAGUCGAUUAAUUGUUUUUGUGACUGAAAGCUUUUUUUUAAGCCACAUAACAGCUGCUUUAACUUGUCUUCAAGUACUGUCAAAACUUGUUUGGAAAAUCAUUUUUCAAGUUUAAAAAGACACAAGGAAAGCCUUCGGACGGGACCUCAAUGAAGCCACAGUGAAACAUUUUACAGAUUGAUCAUUUAUAUACUUUUUGUUCAUAUUACAUGAAUAAUGAUAAUGUGGAGUGUUGACGUUUUAUCUAUAUUUAAAAGGAUGUUAAAAGGAAAAGCGGCAAUGGUGUGUGUGUGUGUGUGUGUGUGUGUAAUCUUGUAGCAAUCCAAAAGCAAUUGGGUUAAGUCUGGGAUGCAAACUCGUGUGGGCUGCAACUCAGAGAUGCAGAGACAGUGAGAAGGAGAGAGAGUUUGAGGAGGAGAGACAAUAUGUUUUCAGGACUGGAUGAUUAACGGUGGGCUUCAGGGGGAGGUAUCAGAGUGCUAGACCAAAAGAGAGGGAGGGAAAGAGAGAGAGGUGUAGAUCUGCAGAAUCUGUUGGUAACUUGUGUGCAACUGAUGAUUUUCCUUCUGGUCUCUUCACACUCACACGAUUCUCUUUAGAGAGGCAGUGAGAUGUGACAGUGAAUCAGAGAGAUGAUGAUUCAAAGACACACCAAGUCCAACUCAGUCAAACAGAAUGCAAGCUGGAUGGCACACAAAUGAUUUAAACUGGGGACCUAUGAGCCAUAACGCGUGACCUCUUCAGUGUGGCCUCAACAAAACUGGAGUCAGGAACGGCUGGUGGAGACGCGAUCACGGCAUAACUGGAGGAGAACUUUUCAGGAGCCCAUCCUGCAGCACUGUCUCAUCUAUCUUAUGGAUAUUCGGGUUUCCGUUCUAUGCCUGGUGCUUUGAACCUUGGACGAGCUCUGACCCGCCACUUGACCUUUGACCUCUGAGUGAAGUCUUCGGGAAGACACGAACUCCAGAUUGACAGGAUGUUCUGGAAGCUGGCAAUACCUGCCAUUUUGGCAUGGACCCUCUGCGUAACUACGGAAACCAAGAAGCCACGCCCCCCGGGUUCCAUCCCGUCCCCGUACAAGCAAAAGGGCAACGAUGUGUCGUCGCCGUCCCUCACGCUGUCAUCGUUGCCCCAGCACACGUCGCCGCGACGGCAGAAGGGUAAGCACGAUGUGCUGUCGUCCAGACGUGAAGCCCUGGUGGUCACCGAGCGAAAGUACCUGAAGAGCGACUGGUGCAAAACACAGCCAUUGCGUCAAACUGUCAGUCUGGAGGGCUGUUUGAGCCGCACCAUCAUCAACCGCUUUUGCUACGGCCAGUGCAACUCUUUCUACAUCCCGCGUCACCUCACGUCUCAAACGUCAUCGCACCGAAGUCGAAAAGCGGCGCCCGUGCAUGACCACAACUCUUCAUUUCAGUCUUGCGCCUUCUGCCGGCCGAGCCGAAUAACCACGGUUACCGUACGGCUUCACUGUCCCGGCCUACAGCCGCCGUACCGGCAACGAAAAGUACAGCGCAUUAAGCAAUGCAAGUGCGUGUCUGUGAACGUCAGCGCUGCGCAUUGAGCGAGACGGCUAAAUUCACGUGUAACACAUAUGUUGGACAAACUGAGUUCUGUUUUGACUGGGAAACGCAGCUAAAUGGAACUGCCCAACAAAGGCAUUUAGUCAAUUUGUGAGAUAUAUGCCAAAGACAACAGCUAAUCAGAGUCUGGCCACUUUUAAUAUGUCCGGACUUACCGCAGAAUGCUAACCGGGAAUGCUGAAUUGCUGCCGAGCAGCGAAGAAAACAAAGUUGGAUUAUUUUAUACAGAUUAUACACAAAGAACAUAUAAACAAAGCAGAUGAAUUGAAUUAUAAGAACUAAAACUGCAAAAAUGUUUUUUUAUUAUAAAUGAACGUAUAUUAUAUUGACCUUUUGUUCUGUUGGUUUAUGUUUGACCUCUGUCCGACCUUGAAAGCCUGUCCCCCUGAGGGUGUAUCCCAGUAUUUCUGUAUUCUGCUUCAUCUCAGCAGAGCUGGUUUUAUAUUGGCCUUGAUACCUGAGAGCAGUAGAAAUGUUUAACUACCAUUUAUCUUGUCUUACUUAUCCUGCCACUAUACGUGAGUGCUGUUAAAGUACAGAAAAAGACAAAUGGAUGGGCGACUGUGGACCUUAUCAACUGAAAGGGGGUUCACUAUAUUUUCACGAAGUACAGACAGUUAACGGGGGCUAAACGUAAUUUUGACUUGCCUCUAAUAGAAAUGCUGGCAUUGGUUUGAUUUCAUCUGAUAUAAAGUUCUUUGAUGUAUUUUGACCAAUUAUGUACAGAGUUUCUUUCCUUGGGGUUUUUAUGAUCAUUAAUAAUGUGCACAAUGUAAAAUAUUUACCUUAAAGUCUAUCAGACAUAUGUAAUGACAAUAUUUAACAAAACAGCUACAUUGUGUAGAUAAUGGAAUUUAUGUGACAGAUCAAGAACAUGUAUGAAUAUAAAAUAUAUAAUGAACAAGUCUUUGAAAAAUAAAAAUUUAUUAUUUCACA